AUGGCUCGCGGUUACUGUACACAAGUCACACCGGAAUGUCCGGUAGAAGCAACCACCUAUGGAUACCGACCUAAUCUCGGAGGAGAUAUUUUCUUCUGUGUCGUGUUCGGAAUCCUGUUCCUCGCCCAGCUCUUCCUCGGAAUCAAGGCUCGUCUGAAGGGCUUCACCUUUGCUGUUGUCAUUGGAUGUUUCGGAGAAUGUGUCGGUUAUAUCGGACGACUGAUUAUGCACAACAACCCUUGGAGUCAAACAGGCUUCAAGAUUCAAAUUGUCUGCCUGAUUCUGUCGCCGUCCUUCCUCGCCGCUGGAAUCUACCUCACGAUUAAGCAUCUGGUCAUCCACUUCGGCCCUCAAUACUCCAGACUGAGGCCUGGUCUCUACACCUGGAUCUUCAUCACCGCCGAUGCCGCCAGUAUUCUCGUCCAGGCUGCUGGAGGUGGUAUCGCUGCCGGCGAGCAGCUCGAGUUGGUCAAGAUCGGAAACUCGAUCAUGGUGGCUGGUAUCUGCGUCCAAGUCGCUACCAUGGCUCUCUGCGGUCUCGUCGCUGCCGACUUCUUCUUCCGCCGCUACAGAUCUCGUCAAGCACAAAACAACCUCGAUGACCCUAUGACCCGCUCCACCCCUGGCUUCAGAUUUUACGUUGGCGCCGCGAGUGUUGCCUUUGUCACCGUCUUCAUUCGUUCCGUGUACCGUAUCCCUGAGAUGGUCGGUGGAUGGGGCAACCCUCUGAUGCAGAACGAGACCGAGUUCCUGAUUCUCGACGGAAUGAUGGUGUGUAUCGCCGCCAUCGCCCUCACAGUCGCCCACCCCGGAAUCUUCUUCCCCGAAUUCAAGGAGCACAAGGCGCUCUCGAAGCAGCAAAAGCUGGCAAAGAAGGAGAGCAAGAAAAGCAAGAAGAACAAGAAGGCUCAGGAAGCCGGUCUGGAGCUGUCAAGCAGUGGUGACAGCGUUUAA